UUAUCAUCGCGGGUGUUCUCACCAUGGCGAACAAGGGAUUCUUCCAGCUGCUGAUGAAGAAGAAGGAACUUAUUCCUCUGAUCGGGUUUGUGAGUUUUGCUGGAUUCGGAGCUACCUUCGCAGGCUGGAACGCGCUGAGAAAACCCGAUCUGAUUUUAAGCAAGUCUGACCCAGAACCGUGGCAAUAUGUGGAUCCUACCAAACCCCAGAAGCAUCUAACAAUCAACCAGCAAUGGAAGCCCAUAGAAGAGCUGGAGACAGUUCGAGAAAUGACGAAGCGAUGAGGUGUCACCCCCUCCAAACGACACUCUAUGAAUCUAGUGGAAUCAUUUCUGCACAAACUAGAUUAUCGAAACCAGUGUGCGGAAAUGCUUCUGCUACAUUUUUAGGGUCUCCCUCCAAUUUUUUGGACUCUGGAUUAAGGACUUUUACUGUUGGCCUUAGUAAGUUACCGUGUAUACAUCCACACAGUCCAAAGACAAAGGUUGGCUCACAUUUGCGACAGCCACGUUUGCUUUGAAGCACUGUGUCCGACGAUCUAUAUGCUGUCCCCUUGUGAACUUUGAAAAGAGUUGUCUUAUUUUUCUCCGAAAUAAUGCUGUAAUAUAUAUUUUCAAUAAACCUGGAAUCGAAAUUUGAAGUUAGUACAGUAAACGGAAUUUCCUUUUCAGUUCGUAGGGGGUAUACACAGCUUUCACCUCGAGCAAACAUACCAUAAUAUGCUAAAGUUCAGGAUUUGGUCUGGUAGCUCUUACACUGUUUCCAUUGGUCAUGCAAACACAGCCUUGAGCUAGGAAGCUAAGCACACUUACCCAGAAAUGUGUUCCAACCAGUGCUUUUUUCGGGGGGGGGGCGCAUACACC